UUCGUGAAUUCGCAAGCGACACCUAGUAGCGUUAAAUACAAGUUAACGGUGUACCAUAGAAAAUGUCAUGUUGUUUUCUUGAUAGGUGAUCAAAUCUCGAUCACAUAUUAAAUUCUAAUCCGUUCAACUGAAGUUGAUCAAGAUGCCAAAAAAAUUUGUCGGUGAAAAUAGCAAGGCCGUCGCUGCUCGAGCCAGAAAAGCAGCGGCGAAAGAGGCCGAAAAUACAAAGAAAGCUCUCGAAGCGGAAGAAAGAGCUUGGCAAGACGACGAUAAACAGUUAUUAAAAAAGAAGCAAAAACAGGAAGAAUUUGAAAGAAAACGUCAACAACAAUUAGAAAAGAAAGCAGAGGUAAAAGCUCUGCUUGAAAAGGAAAUGGAAAACAUAAAAGUGGGCGGCAAACAGCCUGCAGCUAAAGUAACUAGAGCAGAAAUAGUUGCUGCAACGGAAAAGCGAAAUCAGGCAGCAAUGAAAAAACAAGAAGAAAAACCAAUUGAAGAAAAUUUGAAUAGGCUGACAAUAGAAGGUGAAACUGCUCAUGGUAUAGAUGAAGCUUUAUCCAUAUUAAGUACUAAAGAAGCCGAGAUUGAUCGUCACCCAGAGAAACGUGUAAAAGCAGCGUAUGCUAGUUUUGAGGAAAAAAUGAUGCCUAUUAUAAAAGAGCAAAACCCUACUUUGAGGUUAAGUCAAUUAAAACAAAUAUUGAAAAAGGAAUGGAUGAAAUCUCCAGAAAAUCCACUCAAUCAAAAAUUACUUUUAAAUCGUUGAUAUCAAGCGAUUAUAAAAUGAAAUAUAAACACCCAUACGACUGAUUAGAUGAGUCGAAGGAACACGUGGAAUAAGACUCAUAAAUGUAAUCAUAAACGAAUCAAAUAUCUGUACACAACUUUAUUGUAAACGAAUAAGUUAUACUCUCGUAGAAUACAUAAAAUAACACUGUAUAAAUCAUCUUUGGUAUAACUUAUACGCUACUGCAUAGCCUCCAUAUUGUAUUUUACAAUUUCAUUUACAAAUAUCUUUAAAUUCGAUCUUCAAAGAGAAAUAACCUAACAAUCGUGUACACGUUUUGGCACAGUUACUCUGCAGACUUAUACUUUAUAAACACGAGCGUCCUGUUGGUUUCUCUUCUUGCUACAUGGCAUUAAAAAAUGACUAUACAAAAAUUGAUUACUUCAUUUCAAUUGUAUAAAAUAGCACUCUAUACAAACGAAUUUUUACUACCAUAAAAUCUUGAUUAUGUACAAUAGACCUUAGUCUUUGUCUCAAUUUGCCAUGACAAAUCAAACAUCACCUUUUGUUUUCUCUGUUUCAUGUACAAUGAGUGAAAUACCCGUAGAAAGAAAUUGAUUUAAAUAUAAUCGUACAAUUACAUGGUCCA